AUGCUAUGGCUUGCCGCGCUUCUCUUCUUCCAGCCUGCAUCUGCAGUGGAUGGGCAGUCCUUCAAGGCAAGCGAUGAGGAGGCGGAUAGGAUAUGGAACGAUCCGAACUGCGAACGGACGGCCAACGCAACAGAAGGAAUAGACUGGGAUGUGGUGAGGUACCAGCUCUUGCAGAUCCCGUUUCCAGAGAGCAUGGCUGUGAUCGGCCCUCUCAUCAAGCGCUUGGAGAAUCCCCUGGAACUGGACCGCGCGGCAACACACUGCGUGUUUGGAGUGGUGGCCGUUUUCUUUUUCUUUGUGAAAUACUUGAUCGAGAGCGAGCAGCCUCACAUGGGACUUGCAAGCCUCUACCUCUCACAGUUGGACGCCUUCUCGAGUGGAAUUCACCCGCAUUUGCUGGACAGGUCAGAUUGGCUGGUAAAAGAUUCGCGUCUCAGCGCGUUGCGGAGAGCUAUGCUUGGGCGUCUUGCGAGCCAGAAAGCUCCGGAUGCUGAGGAUCCAAAGCGGCCACGCAUCUUUGUGUAUGACCUGGAGACGCCGGAGGUUCGAGAACUUUCGCAAGGGGCGUCAUUUUGCGGCAAGGGCCAAUGGGGAAUGGAGGUUCACAUCCACGAGUGGCUUCUUGCCUCCAGUCACCUGACCCGCAAUGCCGAUGAAGCGGAUUUCUUCUUCGUGCCGGCUUACAGUAUUUGCAUGUUUGAAGCAGGGUUUUUCCCCAUGGAGUCGCUGGAUGCAAUGUACAAGCAAAUGCUGGCUGGGCUUCCCUACUUCAAGCGGAAUAGGGGCCGCGAUCAUGUCUUCACGUUUGGAUCCGGCUUGUCAGCCAACGUGUUUCGCUCCUGGCGAAGUGAGAUGCCUGAGAGCAUUCAGCUUUCACCGGAGACUUGGCUUUUCAACGAUGUCGUCGACAUGAAGGAGCCAUGCUUCAACACUUGGCGCGACGUUGCAGUCCCAGGUUAUUUGCAUCGUCAUGAAAUCCUCUCACUGGCACAGAGGGCAAAGCCUUUGGAGCAAAGGAGUCGCUUGGCGGUCUUUCUUGGCCGCAUCGACUCCUCCAGAGGUCCUCACCCUAGCCAGGGAGGCCCAGAUGUCAGGGACGCCAUCCGAAGACUUCGGGACAAGGGUCAAAUCUACGUAGCCCAGAACCUGAGCUUUCCAGAGAUGCAUGCCGUAAUGGGCUCUGCCAAAUUCUGCUUCGUGCCCAAGGGCAAGUCUGCCUGGUCCUUGCGUUUCUUCGAAGCGCUCUUCGCGAAUUGCAUUCCGGUGAUUCUCUCAGACUUUUGGGAGUUGCCCUUUGAGUCGCUGGUGGACGUGCCUUCGUUUGUCAUCAAAUGGCCAAUGGAGCUCGUAGGAGACGUCCUGAUGGACUACUUGGAAUCUCUUUCAGCAAGCACCCUUCAAGGCUACAUGGACGCUAGCAAAGCCUGGCGGUGCUGGUAUGUUUAUCCGCCGCUUCUGCAUGAAAUCCCGGCCGAAUCCCCGGACGAGUUGCACGAUGUGUGCCCAAGCCUUGGCGAAGAGAAUGCAUUUGAGGCCAUCAUGCGCCUCUUGUCGGCCAAGAUGCGGCAAUCCUGGACGAUGACGCGAUACUUCGGACCUGGGGAUUUUGAUGAGUUGGUCCGGCGCGCGCGCGAAUCAAAUAGCGAAGCUCCCCAGACAAAGGGCUCAGAAGAGAAUGAGGCAUCAGAGGCAGUGGCUGAGGGGUAUUAA